GCUUCUGGUCCUGCUCCGAGUGCCCUCACCUAGGGGAAGAUGAAGGUCUCUGCAGCUGUUUUUGCUCUUCUCCUCAUUGCAGCUUCUUGCUCCUCUGGUCCAGUUGGAUCUGAUGUCCCAGUCUGCUGCUUCUCCUACACAGCAGACAAGCUCCCACAUAAGCGCAUCCUGCGUUAUUACAGGACCAGCACCAGCUGCAUGCUGCCAGCCAUUGUGUUCAUCACAAAGAAAGGCCACCAGGUCUGUGCCAAUCCCAGUCACACCUGGGUUCAAGCUUACCUGAAAAAACUUGAACUGAGCAAAGCAAGAUGGCAAGCAUAGCUGCUGUCAUGCAGGAGUUCCAUUUCCUGAGCUCCUGCGGUGGAGCAGGAUGCUGGGGCAACAGGAGCUGCUGAGCCCAUGUUACCUGCAGGCUACUACAGGGGACCACUGGAAGGGCACCACAGGAUGCCUUGUGUUGGGGUGCUGCUGCUUGCCCUUGGCUUGUGUGGACUAGUGUUCAACCUCAUCCGUCUGCCUUGACACCUCCGCCUGUGGCCUGGAAUGGCCCAUGGGACUGCAUCUCUGUUGUGACAUUUAAAGU